CCCGACCAGACCGACCGACCGAACGAACCGAACCAAACCACCUUCCCGUCGUCUCCCUCCCCAACGCCGCGGCGAACUGACCCACCACCCCCAAACCCUCGCCGCCGAUGGAGCAGCCGCCGUCCUCGCCGCCGCCCCCCGCGGCGGCCACGGCCACGGCUGCGCCUACACCCACUCCCGCUCCCUCUUCCGCUCCCAUUAUCCUCUCGGACUCGCCUCCCGCGGCCGCGGCGGGGGAGCCCGCGCUGACCGCCGCGCAGAAGGCGCUCCGCUCCAAGCCGGCGCGCGCCCCCGAGGACCCCGACAAGAAGAAUAAGAAGCUCAAGGAUGUGGAGAUCAGUUUUCCAAUUGUUUAUGGGACCAUUUCGUUUUGGCUUGGCAAAAAAGCAAGCGAGUACAACUCUCACAAAUGGACCGUGUACAUCCGUUCUGCAACAAAUGAGGAUCUGAGUGUCAUAGUUAAGCGUGUGGUGUUUCAGCUUCACCCAAGUUUCACUAAUCCAACAAGAGUUGUAGAGCAACCGCCUUUUGAGUUGUCCGAAUCUGGAUGGGGGGAGUUUGAGAUUGCAAUAACCCUUUAUUUUCACAGUGAUGUCUGCGAGAAGCGCUUGGACUUGUUUCAUCAGCUUAAGUUGUAUCCGGAAGAGGACGCUGGACCUCAAUCAACAAAAAAACCAGUUGUAGUGGAGACAUACGAUGAAGUUGUCUUCCCUGAGCCCACUGAAGCCUUCUUCUUGCGAGUGCAAAAUCACCCUGCUGCUACUGUGCCCAGGCUACCUCCUGGUAUAACAUUGUCUUCUCCAGGUCCUAUGGAACUUAUGCCACAUGAUAAGAAGCGUUUUGACACCAAGGAUCAUUCUCUGAGCCAGUGGUUCUCAAACUUCUCUGAAGCAGAUGAACUAUUAAAACUGGCUGCUGCUCGUCAACAGGUGCAGGCUCACAUUGCUAAGCUGAGAAGGCAGCUAAGCAUGAUAGAGGGAAUGCCCCAGCAAUCCAGAGUUAUCUCUGGUCCUGGUCAACAGUUUGGGCACGGCUAAUGGAACGGUAGCUGCUGUAAGGAAGAUGCUGAAACCUGAUAACAACUCGCUAACAGAAUGUGAUGAAUGUGUCUUCAUUGACGUCUUAGGCUCGCAAUUGAUGUUUAGUGCUGGCCAGUGUGCAUAAAGCGCAAUCUAUGGAUUGUACCGCCUUUGUGCAUUUUGAAAUCAACGGGAGCAUGGUGUACCUGCCUUAAAUUAUCACCCUCUGUUCUUUUUCUUUUAUGUUCCAGUAGAAGCGUAGCACAUCACAGGGGUGCAAAGUCUAUUUUGCUGACAUAAUGGAAUAUGCUUUGCAUUG